CCCUGGUCUUCAUAGGCUUCCUCAUGCUGCAGAAGUUGCGGCUGCAGACCAGGCUGGACGGCUCCUGCUGGUGGAUCAUCGACUACAAUGAAAUCACUAUUAUCAAAGAGGCUAAAGUAUGAGCCAAUAAAAAAAUAGACAUGUCCGAGAUUCCUCUCAUCUGAAGCAUUGUGUAUAAAUGGAAACCAAAGUAUGUGUGUAACUAACAGAAAUAUGGUUAACGUCUAGGGAGCGCUGGCCCUAUCUCUGAGCACGACAGCCAGUAAGACUGGAAGUGGAGGCUCCUAUCAGACCCUCCUCUCCUCCACUAGCUAUGGCCUGAGAGACAAUGCAGGGAAAGAGCACAUCUACUCCACCAUAGGCCUUUUUCAGGUAUACACUGAUAGAAUCCAAUCUAUCUACUCUGCCGGUUAAAUAAGCAUACUGUUCCACAGCCAUGUCAUAAAUUACAUAGAUGUUAGCAUGAAAGCCAUUAUGAAUGUUGAAGCAAAACUCAUGUGUUUUGAACUGUUCAUCAUGUCAGGUGUUAUGAAUGCAUAAUGUAUACCCCUUUCAAAUUAAGUUGUUAUCCAUAAAGGCCUCUACCUGCAACUGAUACAAUCUAAUAGAUUAGAAUAUAAUAGAUGUGUUAAUUGCCACUGUGUUACUGCCACUGUACCUACCUCUCUUUUGUUCAGGGAAAUCAAGUGGCCAUCAAAUACAUGCAGAAUCAACCCGUCAGUGACAUCAAGAAGCCAUCCAUCAUCGCAGAGUUCAACGUGGUAAAGUUGGGCUUAACUAGAUUCAAGCGACACAACAUUUAGUACAUUGUCUAUUUAACUUCUAACCAUUCCUAAAGUAUAAAUCCAUGGUUAGUACAUUUAGAAAGGUAAUAACUGAGCUUUUGAAUGGUAGGCCUAUGUAAAACAAUAUAUUUAUAUAUAUAUAUAUAUAUAUAUAUAUAUAUAUAUAUAUAUAUAUAUAUAUAUAUAUAUAUAUAUACAGUACCAGUCAAAAGUUUGGACACACCUACUCAUUCAAGGGUUUUUCUUUAUUUGUACUAUUUUCUACAUUGUAGAAUAAUAGUGAAGACAUCAAAACUAUGAAAUAACACAUAUGGAAUCAUGUAGUAAACAAAAAAGUGUUAAACAAAUCAAAAUAGAUUUUAGAUUUUAGAUUCUUCAAUGUAGCCACCCUUUACCUUGAUGAUAGCUUUGCACACUCUUGGCAUUCUCUCAACCAGCUUCACCUGGAAUGCUUUUCUAACAGUCUUGAAGGAGUUCCCACAUAUGCUGAGCACUUGUUGGCUGCUUUUCCUUCACUCUGCGGUCCAACUCCUCCCAAACCAUCUCAAUUGGGUUGAGGUUGGGUGAUUGUGGAGGCCAGGUCAUCUGAUGCAGCGCUCCAUCACUCUCCUUCUUGGUCAAAUAGCCUUUACACAUCCUGGAGGUGUGUUGGGUCAUUGUCCUGUUGAAAAACAAAUGAUCGUCCCACUAAGCGCAAACCAGAUGGGAUUGCGUAUCGCUGCAGAAUGCUGUGGUAGUCAAGCUGGUUAAGUGUGCCUUGAAUUUUAAAUGAAUCACCGACAGUGUCACCAGCAAAGCACCCCCACACCAUCACACCUCCUCGUCCAUGCUUCACGGUGGGAACCACACAUGCUGAGAUCAUCCGUUCACCUACUCCGCGUCUCACAAAGACAUGGCGGUUGGAACCAAAAAUCUCAAAUUUGGACUCAUCAGACCAAAGGACAGAUUUCGACCAGUCUAAUGUCCAUUGCUCGUGUUUCUUGGCCCAAGCAAGUCUCUUCAUCUUAUUGGUGUCCUUUAGUAAUGGUUUCUUUGCAGCAAUUCGACCAUGAAGGCCUGAAUCACGCAGUAUCCUCUGAACAGUUGAUGUUGAGAUGUGUUUGUUACUUGAACUCUGUGAAGUAUUUAUUUGGGCUGCAAUUUCUGAGGCUGGUAACUCUAAUGAACUUAUCCUCUUUUGCGACUGCACUUGAAGAAACUUUCAAAGUUCUUGAAAUUUUCCGGAAUGACUGACCUUCAUGUCUUAAAGUAAUGAUGGACUGUUGUUUCUCUUCGCUUAUUUGAGCUGUUCUUGCCAUAAUAUGGACUUGGUCUUUUACCAAAUAAUCUUCUGUAUACCACCCCUACCUUGUCACAACACAACUGAUUGGCUCAAACACAUUAAGGAAAGAAAUUCCACAAAUCAAAUCAAAUCAAAUUUUAUUGGCCACAUGCGCCGAAUACAACAGGUGCAGACAUUACAGUGAAAUGCUUACUUACAGCCCUUAACCAACAACCAAAUUAAUUUUUAAGAAGCCAUACCUGUUAAUUGAAAUGCAUUCCAGGUGACGACCUCAUGAAGCUGGUUGAGAGAAUGCCAAGAGUGUGCAAAGCUGUCAUCAAGGCAAAGGGUUGCUAAUUUGAAAAAUCUCAACUGGCAGCUUCAUUAAGGUCCUCAACUGGUCCUCAACUGGCAGCUUCAUUAAAGAGUACCCGCAAAACACCAGUCUCGACGUCAACAGUGAAGAGGCGACUCCGUGAUGCUGACCUAGGCAGAGUUGCAAAAAGAAAAAGCCAUAUCUCAGACUGGCCAAUAAAAAUAAUAGAUUAAGAUGGGCAAAAGAACACAGACACUGGACAACUCUGCCUAGAAGGUCAGCAUCCCGGAGUCGCCUCUUCACUGUUGACGUUGAGACGGGUACUAUUACUAUGUUUUGCGGGUACUAUUUAAUGAAGCUGCCAGUUGAGGACCAGUUGAGGACCUUAAUGAAGCUGCCAGUUGAGAUUUUUCAAAUUAGCAACCCUUUGCCUUGAUGACAGCUUUGCACACUCUUGGCAUUCUCUCAACCAGCUUCAUGAGGUCGUCACCUGGAAUGCAUUUCAAUUAACAGGUAUGGCUUCUUAAAAGUUAAUCUGUGAGGCGUCUGUUUCUCAAACUAGACACUCUAAUGUAUUUGUCCUCUUGCUCAGUUGUGCACCGGGGCCUCCCACUCCUCUUUCUAUUCUGGUAAGAGCCAGUUUGUGCUGUUCUGUGAAGGGAGUAGUACACAGCGUUGUACGAGAUCUUCAGUUUCUUGACAUUUUCUCGCAUGAAAUAGCCUUCAUUUCUCAGAACAAGAAUAGACUGACGGGUUUCAGAAGAAAGUUAUUUGUUUCUGGACAUUUUGAGCCUGUAAUCGAACCCACAAUUGCUGAUGCUCCAGAUACUCAACUAGUCUCAAGAAUGCCAGUUUUAUUGCUUCUUUAAUCAGCACAACAGUUUUCAGCUGUGCUAACAUAAUUGCAGAAUGGUUUUCUAAUGAUCAAUUAGCCUUUUAAAAUGAUCAACUUGGAUUAGCAAACACAACGUGCCAUUGGAACACAGGACUGAUGGUUGCUGAUAAUGGGCCUCUGUACGCCAAUGUAGAUAUUCCAUAAAAAAUCUGCCGUUUCCAGCUACAAUAGCCAUUUACAACAUUAACAAUGUCUACACUGUAUUUCUGAUCAAUUUGAUGUUAUUGUAAUGGACAAAAAAAUUGCUUUUCUUUCGAAAACAAGGACAUUUCAAAGUGACCCCAAACUUUUGAACGGUAGUGUAUAUAUAUAUUUAUUUUUACGUAAAUGACGGAGUAGGUGCGCAUGGACCCAAUAUAGAGUCCAAAACAACCGCUUGGAGUUGAAGUGGUAUGCUUAUGAUUAUGAUAAUUUUAUUUUUUUAUUUAUUGCACAAUUUGCAUGAAUUCAAGAACAAAUUUAAUCUUAAUAUUUAUGAAUAAUUCAUUAUUAUUGAAAACCCCAUUUGUAAGUAUUUCUGUAAAUAAUGCUCUGGCGACUCUUGUGCUCCUUUCUAAAACAGUUGAGAGAGAUGAAGCAUGAGAACUUGGUGCAGUUAUUUGGGGUUUGCAUUGACCCUCCAAAUGUCUGUAUGGUCAUGCAGUACUGCAAGAAAGGCAGCCUGAAGGUAACAGCGUGGGGACUGUGAUGGUCCGGAUUUAAAUGACAACAACUUUAAUUAAUGAGGCCACAAUAAACCCUUUAUAAGUCCUUUGUAGAUGCUUUACAACUGAAUUAUAAGCAAAUUCAUACUAUAUAAAUUGUGUUAUAACAGUGUGUAUAGAAUGAUAUUUGUCAAACAUCUGUGAAUGCCCUAUAAACAGUUUAUAAAGGCUUCAAAAUUUGACUUUUUUGUUGUUGUUUGAAAUCACUAAAAUACUUCAUCUACUCUCCUAGGUAUGGGUCUCAAACUUGUACCACGUGUCAUUUACACACAAAAAAACACACUACCCGGUACAAGAAAAGUGACAUCCAUAAUGUUCUGGGUCAAUUUGACCUGCAACUUGACCUUGGUCUAUAUAUCUCUUGAACGUUGUGUCCUAGAAACAAGCUGCUUUCUGCACAGGAAUGGUGCAACCAUGCUGAUCACAGUAUUAUUUCCCUAUGAUGCUCAGAGGCUGAGCAACACAGAUCUGAAGUCAAUUUGACCCUUGAACUUGACAUUUUUCUAACUCUUGAGGCUGAGCAACACUGAUCUGAAGUUGAGCUAAAACGGAGUUUUGACAAAUUAUGAUUUUACGAUCUGACGGAUUUAUGACCUUUUUACAUGCAUCAAACAUUUGGCUCUAUGUUUUGAAAGGAUGGGGCUAUCAACCCAGGGGAAAUAAUCUGAAAGACGACAUUCUCAGCAAUAUUUAGAAAAGGGAAACAUACUUUUUGUGUUCACUGUACCGAAUCAAAUUGACCUGGAAGAUAACUUGUGUAUAGCUGAAUCAAACAUAAGGGAAGGGUUCAAGUUGUUGUUCAUUUAAAGUGGUACCACUGCUGCUUUUCUUGUGCUACUCUGUAUGAUGAAUAAUAUUAUGUGGUGCGUUGUGUUUAGUAGAAAAUGAAAGUUCAGGUAGUACCUUCCCAUUUAACUCUGUUUCUCCCUAAUGGACAAGACUCAGAUGUCAAUUAUUGGGUUUAAGGACUGUUACAAAAUGUAUCCUUUUUGUUGUUUGUGACUGUAGGAUGUUCUGAGAUGCACUGACAUUGAGCUGGAUUGGAUGUUUAAACUGUCCUUUGCAUAUGAUAUUGUUAAUGUGAGUAAAAAUCCCUUUCAGACUGGUAUUUCCUUUAUGUGAACAGGGCUAGACUUUUUCCCGGUUUAGUUUGACACUGUUGAUUUACUUUCAGGGGAUGGAGUACAUCCACAAGAGUAGCCUGAAGUCCCAUGGCAACUUGAAGCCCAGCACGUGUCUGGUGGACAGCAGACUUCAGGUCAAACUCUCUGGCUUUGGACUGUGGGAGUUCAAAUACGGCACUAAACACAAAGUCAUCCCUCUGGAAAAUCCUAAAUUUGAA